AUGGCUUACCCUCACCCAACUUCCCCCGCCGCGACAAUCUCCUCGCUCUCCUCCGAUGAAAGACGCUCCGUCCUCGACUACAUUCCGCCUGAUUGCAAGGUCACCGCGGUAGCGCCAGCUCGCAUCUACCACGCUUCCUUUGGCGCCGCUUCCGACGAGUGGACCUCGACCGGCCUCCGAGGCAUGCUCGUGUUUGGCCGCAAUCGCAUCACUGCCUACCCAGACCGACCGAUAGGUUCAGGCGAGGGGACGAGCUUCGAACAAAAUUACUGGUUCCGGCUCAUCGACCUCAAUACUGGCAAAGGCAUCGUCUGGUUCCACCCACUUCCCCAAGAGCUCGACUACCAUGCCGACAAGCCCUUCUUCCACACUUUCUCCGGCGCUUCGAGGAUGUUUGGCCUCCGCUUCGACGAAGACGAGGACGCCGAGAAGUUUCGCAAGCGCAUUACGAGCCGCAUCCAGAUCAUCGGUACGCACCCGUCCCACCACGUACGCGCCCUCCGUUCAUCUCCUAACCCGUCUUCUCUCCCAACUCGCGCGCCCGCACCCACAGCACGCCGCGGCCCAGCCAAGCCCCGAGCGCAGGCUCCGAAGUCAGUCUCCUUUGCGACGCCUCCUGCAUCGUGUUCUCCCCCUCCCGCGUACUCCGUCUCCCUCCCCCAGCCGGAGGUCGAGCGUACGCCGCGGACGCCACGCAAGCUCUCCCCCGCAAUGAUCAGCGGGCCGAACCCCGGCUCGUUCGUGCACGUCGCGCACGUCGGGCUGGACGCGCAGGGUCGCGUCGAGAGCACGCCAAACGUCGAGCCCGGGUGGACGAUGAUCCUCGAGGAGCUCCAGGGGUACGGCGUGACGGAGAAGAUGGUCGAGAAGGACUUUAACUUCGUCGAAGGCUUCCUCGCGGGCGCGAAGGCGAGCCUCAUCCAGGAGCUGGACAAGACGACGACAGCUGCUGCGAACAUCAAGCGGGCGCCGACAGAGAGCGCGGCAAGGGCUCGCCCAGGCCCGAUGCGCAGAAAGAACGUGCCGGUAUACUUCUAACUAGCAGCACCCCCUUCCACCCCCGCUCAAUCGCACGGGAUACGAUUCUGUCUGGGUUAUGUUUUAUUAUCUUGGGUGUUUGGCUUUCUCUGCCCGCGAUGCUAUUCCUGUCUCUGCACGCCAGGCUCCGUUCCGUCGCUAUGUAUUGCUUCCUCUUUUCUCUUUGUUUCGACCGGAUUCCAUGCACGCAUACUGUAUUAUAUCGCAUCUCCUUUCACUUCUCACCUUUCACGCAUCCACGCCCCUACCGCGCUGGCGGUUGUACCGUACAUACGCAUCGCAGCAUCCGCAUCCAUUAGUCUUACUCGUACUCCUGCUCUAUCGCUAUCGCCACCCCACCCA